AUGAGCACUCCCGACCAAAACGUCGACAAUGUCUCCCUCUCGGGUCUGGUGGCUACCCUCGUGCCAACCGCCGUCAUCGCUGCUGUCUACUUCCUCAUCUUUUUGGUGUUGCGAAAGACCCAGCGUCGAUUCUACGCCCCCAGGACCUACCUCGGGACUCUGCGUGAGGAGGAACGCACUGCCCCGCUGCCAAACGGACUGUUGAAUUGGUUCCGCGCCUUUUGGAAGAUCCCCGACAUUUACGCUCUCCAACAUCAAUCCCUCGAUGCCUACCUCUUUCUUCGAUUCCUGCGCAUGACGGUGCUUAUCAUGUUCGUGGGCUCUUGCAUCACUUGGCCGAUCUUGUUCCCCAUUAAUAUCACUGGUGGGGCAGGAGGUGAGCAGCUGGACAAGCUUUCCAUGAGCAACGUCGACAAGAACGCGAGCAAUGGAAAAUACAAGUACUUCGCUCACUGCUUCGCCGCAUGGGCUUUCUUUGGCUUUGUCCUCUUCCUGGUGACGCGCGAAAGCAUCUUCUACAUCAAUCUGCGCCAGGCCUUCCUCCUCUCGCCAGUCUAUGCGAAUCGCAUCUCGGCCCGGACGGUGCUGUUUACUUCCGUCCCGGAGCCCUACCUGGACCAGGCGAGGCUCCGCAAGGUCUUCGGGGACUCGGUUAAGAAUAUCUGGAUCACGGCCGACACCACGGCCGUGGAUGAACUGGUGGAGGAACGUGACAAGGUCGCCUAUAUGCUCGAGGCUGCGGAAAUCAAGCUUAUUAAGCUCGCUAACGCCGAGAGAUUGAAGGCGCUCAAGAACGGUGCACCAAACCCUGAGGAGGAACUCCUCGAAACACCUCUAGAUGCCGAGUCGGGAUCUAUUGCGGCACGCUGGCUUCCGCAGAAGAAGCGACCCACUCACAAGCUUGGCAAGUUCGGCUUGGUGGGAAAGAAGGUCGACACUAUCGACUGGUGCCGAUCCCGGCUGGAGGCUCUGAUCCCCGAGGUCGAUGCGGCGCAAGCUGCGUACCUGGCUGGCGAGACGGAGGCGGUGGGAGGUGUCUUUAUCGAGUUUGCCCGCCAAUCCGAUGCUCAGGCGGCUUUCCAAACCCUUUCCCACCACCAGGCUCUGCACAUGUCUCCACGAUACAUCGGCGUCAACCCCAACGAAGUGAUCUGGAAGUCCUUGGCUUUUCCCUGGUGGCAGAAGGUCAUUCGCCGGAUUGUAGUGAUCGGAUUCAUCACCGCCAUGAUCAUCUUCUGGGCCAUCCCCGUUGCCUUUGUCGGUCUCGUCUCGAAUAUAACGUACCUCAAGUCCUACUCGUGGCUGCAAUGGCUGGACGAUAUCCCCACCGUGAUUAUGGGUGUCAUCAGCGGACUGUUGCCCUCGGUGUUGCUCGCUAUCCUCAUGUCCUUGGUUCCGGUCGUGAUGCGCAUAUGCGGAAAACUCGCAGGAGAGCCAUCCACAUCCCGUGUCGAACUCUUCACCCAGAAUGCCUACUUCAUGUUCCAGGUCAUUCAGGUGUUCUUGGUCGUCACGCUCGCUGCAUCUGCUUCUGCGCUAAUCAAGCAACUCCAGAAUGACCCCGGCAGCAUCACUUCUCUACUCGCCGAGCGCAUUCCAACGGCAUCAAAUUUCUACAUCUCGUACUUUAUCGUUCAAGGUCUGACGGUUGCCGCGAGCGUCCUGUCUCAAGUCGUAGGCUUCGUCAUCUUCACCCUGAUCUACAAGUUUCUCGCGAAUACCCCUCGAAAGAUGUACACCAAGUGGUCCGGUCUCAGCGCCAUUUCAUGGGGAAGCACCCUGCCAGUGUUCACUAACAUUGCCGUUAUUGGUAUCGUCUACUCCUGCAUUGCACCUUUGGUUCUCGGCUUUGCUACCAUCGGCAUGUCCCUCUUCUACCUCGCCUUCCGUUACAACAUCCUGUUCGUCACCGACUCCCAGAUUGACACCAAGGGUCUAAUAUACCCCCGUGCACUUCAACAACUCCUCACCGGCGUCUACCUUGCCGAGAUCAGCCUGAUCGGUCUCUUCUCGAUCGCCACCACCAUUGGCCCACUCAUCCUGAUGGUCAUACUCCUCGUCUUCACCGUCCUCUUCCACUUCUCGCUGAACCAGGCUCUCGGCCCCCUCCUCUACAACCUUCCCAAGUCCCUCGAAGCCGAAGAAGAGUUCCUCCGUGGAUCCAUCGAAGCUGCCAACCCUGCAUCGGCAGACAGGGAGAAGAGAGGAGAUAUUACCGAAGGUUCAGCAGCGCAGAAGGAGCCCAACUUCAUCUCCAAGUUCCUGAAGCCGCACAUCUACUCCGACUACGCGACGCUCCGCCGCCUGGUGCCCCACGGUCUCCUGGACCCGGACAACUUGUACGAGGAAACGGUCGCCAACAACGCGUACCACCCCCCUUCGGUCACUUCUCCCACUCCUCUCUUGUGGAUACCGCGGGAUCAGUCUGGGAUUUCCAGACAGGAGAUCUCGCACACGGCGAAGGUCAUUCCGAUCACGGACGAGGGGUGCAUGCUCGAUGAGAAGAACAAGCUGUCGUGGGAUUCCGAGGGCGCGAGACCACCUCUGUGGAGCCCGAAGAUCUACUACUGA